AAUAAUCUCUUUCGCCUUUCCUUCUUUCCAUUUACCUUCUUACAAUUAUUUCUACGCAUCGCUCUUCUCUAAAAGAAGUACCUCUGUUUCGAAUCGCUCUCGAGGGACUAUCAUAUGUUUCGAAACGGUCGUCGAAAUUAGAAGAUGUUUAUUUUUUAAAUUCCAUCGAGUUUAAAGUAAACGAUCUUGCUUGGCUGACGCGAUGCUUUUUACCGACGUAUCACCGUCCCACCACGUUCCUCGACAUCGUAUUGUUGGCAUCGACGUCGGCAUCUCUCUCCGUACCGAAUGAAUCCAUAAUUAUCGAGAAACAAUCGAAAUAGCAUAUGUGACUGGCGACGACGUUGGCAGUAAGAUUGCCAGCCGCUAUUACGAGCCAUCAGGAUAUUCGUCGUGCGACCAACCAGUUGAUCGUUAAUCGUCCAACAGUGAUGUUUUAAAGAAAACUCGAUUUCGAGAUACACGUACGAUCUGUAAUGACAAUUUACCACGACCGAACUACCGUUUCCUCCGGUGUGCCUCGGCCAUCGACUUCGAUCUUGAAGGUACUAACGAGAUGAUUUGGCAACGAUUCAGCAGAUUUUUCGUACGAUUUUAUCAGCGGAUCGAUCGAGCGGAAAUCUUUUUCCUCGAGAUGAACAACAUAUCUACGAUAACGAAUCAAAUUAUAUUUCUAAUGCUGGCCGAUCGUAUUUUCAUGCCAGAACAUAAACUGACGUGCCUUUACACGUUGAUGUUUUACAACGUAAUCGCUUACUGUAUCAGCUACGUUAAGGAAUUAAUCGAAAAGGAAGAUUGGUCGCCGUACGUGACUCUCACCGAAAGAUCCAAAAUUAGGCAUUUAGCUAUGUCCGCGACGAAAAUAGUACUCGAAUGGACGAAAGCCGUCACCUUUGUCGUAACCCUUACAUUUCUGCUUCUCGUUUUUGCUUUGGAACAGGGUCUUCAACAUUACAAACCAACAACGGUUUACACGGUAAUCACGUGGAUCUAUUAUGCGACAACGGAAAAGAUUUUUGUUGAAAUGUUUCCAUCGAUUUUGAAAUUUCUUCGGCUGGAUGUUUUCGAAAACCUCGAAGAACUUUAUGCUCCGGUGAUAUUAGGAUCAUUUACCAUUGCCACCUCGAUUAUAUUCGUUCUGAUACUCGUACCGAAUACAUCUUGGAACAUUUUAUUGAUUGCCAUCUAUAUCAAUGUUUAUUUAAGAACGAAGGAUUUCGCGCGAAAAUCCGGUGCCGCGUUAAAACGCGAGUGGCAGAUGUUGAACCGGUAUAGAAAGGCAACGCUUCAAGAAAUUCAACGAUUCGAUGAUGUUUGCGCUGUAUGCCUUUGCAAUAUGACCAAAGCAAGAAUAACACCUUGUUCUCAUCUUUUCCAUGCCGACUGUUUACGUCGAUGUUUGAAAACCGGCGACACUUGUCCUAUAUGUAAAAGACAAUUAAAAUGUGAUACAUCCUAAAUAAAUAUGAAAAAGAACGAGUAAUCGAUUAUUUGCAGGCUGACAACCAUGGGAUAUGAUGAUCAUUGUUAAACUUUUUAAUAUAGAUAUCUUUAUUCGAGUCGUUAUACAAAUUGAACAUUGGUGAAAAGUAAACUUGUUACAUUCGCAUCUGUUUGAAAUCA